UAUGGAAUAGGUCGUGAUUGAUCAGAUAAGUGCCUUCUUGGAAUGUAAUAAUAUAUUAUCGGAUACUCAACACGGAUUCAGAAAAGGCCGUAGCACAGCAACCGCUUUAGCUCAAUUUACUAACUACGUAAACAAUAGCCUUAACAAUAGGAAGCAGUUACUUGCAGUUUUUAUAGACUAUAAGAAAGCAUUUGACACACUUGGCCACGAGCAGCUGUUGCAGGCCAUGGAUGAAUGCGGCAUCAGCGGCCCCACCAACCAAUGGUUUCGUAGCUACCUCACGAACAGGACCCUGCGCACCGUGAUUGCUGGGACCGCUGGUGAGGAGGCUCCCGUUAGCUUGGGUGUACCAACGGGCUCAGUGUAUGGCCCAGUCGGCUACAUUAUGCAUGUCAAUAGUGUGUCUAAUGUGGUGCAAAACUGUAAGGUCUAUAUGUAUGCUGACGACAUGUGCCUGUUGUACGCCGGUAAAAAUAUGGCAGACAUGGUGCGCAAUGUUCAGGGUGAUUUCGAAAAUAUUUCUAAGUGGGCUCACGACAAUGGAAUAAUUUUAAACUUAGGUAAAACUAAAUGCAUGCGUAUUUAUUCACCCCACAAUAAACAGGCUAAAAACACUUGUAAUUCGGAAAUUAAAAUUUUAGGCCAUAGCUACGAGUGCUUUCACAAUAAUAAAAUAGCAUGUAAAUGUAAUAAACUGGAAUUGGUAAAUAGCUUCAAAUAUUUAGGACUGUUGAUUGAUCAGAAUUUUAAUUGGAAAUUACAUGUUAAUGAGGUUUGCAAUAGACUCAGGUCUAUCUUAGGAAAAUUUUACUAUUUGAACAGAAUUCUGAACAAACACACCCUGUAUGUUGUGUAUUAUGCACUGGCAGAUUCAUUAAUGAGCUAUGGGCUGGGCUGCUAUGGACUGACAUUUAAAACAUAUUUGGACCAAAUCAAACAAGUUCAAUUAAGGCUAAUAAAAUACCUAACAGACAAAAAAACCAAAGACAAAUGUAAAAGUGACUAUUAUCAAUUAUUUAAUAUUUGUAAAAUCUUACCUGUUCACAAUAAAGUUAAAUAUCUGCUCGCCUUAGAAUCAUAUUAUAGUAAGGAUUAUAAAGUACCACUAUCACACAGUCACUUCACUAGGUCGAGAGCUAAAGGUAAACUGUCACAGCCAUCAUCUAUAAAUUAUUAUGGUGAGAGAACUAGAGAAUACUUAAUUCCUAAAAUAUGCAAUAAAUACCCUAUUUUACUCAGUGAAAAUAAACUAUGUCUAGGCACAAUUAAAAAACACCUCAAAUCUCUCCUAAUUUAGGUAAUGUACAAUUAAGUAAUUAUUUCUGUAAGUAGCUAAGUUAGUUUGUUUUUUGUAAGCAGUAUGAUUGAGGAUGCGUA